GCGAUGAGAGACGGUGAUCGGCGAGUACAGCCAAGUAUGCCCUCUGCACGAUGGAGCUCGCGCGUAACCGUGAAGAGCAGCCAUGUGGAGGUUUCAAGAAUGAGUCCGGUCCUGUGUAAUCGUUAAAUAACCUUCUUUACGGGCAGCAGUCGGCGGCAUCCGCACGUCCUCAGCGGCGGUAGACUUACGUCGCAUCUGCCUGAAAAACGUCGCUGAACCGCUGCUGAAGUCACGCUGAAUUGCGCCGGAACGCGCCAGCGACAAACCACGCGAUCCACGGUUUGUCAGACCACGCCAGUUGAGGUUAUCUUUUCAGUAUUCACAUCCCCGCCGGGUUUUCCAACUGAUUAAAUUGUGAAUCACAUUUGGCAUUAUUAUUAAGCAACAAGUGAGACAGCACGAGUGAAGUCACCGCUGGAAUUGGAGCAGAUACCCUUUCAGGAAGAAUAACCAAAGAUGGAUUUGGUAGAUGACAAACUCGUGCUUGGAGAUUUUUCUCCAGGGGCCUUAGAUGCAUACAGGAAGCAAGCAAAAUUUAACUGGAAGAGACUGAAGUUAUUUUUUGAAGACGAAGACAUGCUGAAAACAAAGAUGAAAGUAUGGAAGACGUUAGAAAACGACCCGAUCUUCGAAAGACCAGAAGUGGAGUUGACAACUGACGAGAAAAAAAGGCGUACAGCAAUGCAGUUGAGAAGAUAUAUUGACUAUAAGUUUCCUCAUAAAGACAUCAGGAAAAUACCUUAUAAAAGAAGGACUAGGUUGUUGAUGGCUUGCAAUGAGGCUCUUAACUCCACAUUCCCUGAUGUAUCCAUCAAAUAUGCACUUGGAGUUGGAUUAUUUAGCAAUACCAUAGUUACGUUAGGAACCGAGAGGCAUGAACGAUAUGCAUUUGCAGGUAAUAAGAUGUUAUCCUGUCUUGCACUUACGGAAAUAGCACAUGGUAGCAAUACAAAACAAAUGAGGACUACAGCGACUUUUGAUGAAAAGACUCAGGAAUUUAUCAUCAACACACCGGAUUUCCAGGCAGCUAAAUGCUGGGUAGGAAAUUUAGGUAAACAAUGUACGAUAGCCCUACUUUUCGCACAACUUUAUACAAAAAAGCAAUGUCAUGGUUUGCACGCAUUCGUUGUUCCAAUUAGGAACCCAAAUACUCUGAUGCCAUAUCCAGGAAUUGUGGUUGGAGAUAUGGGCGAGAAAAUUGGUUUGAAUGGCAUUGACAAUGGAUUCAUAAUGUUCAAUAACUACAGAGUCCCGCGGGAAAGCCUGCUAAACCGAACGGCAGACGUAACUCCAGAUGGAGAAUACGAGAGCAGUUUCACGGAUCCCGGUAAGAUCCUGGGUGCCGCUUUGGAGAACCUCUCCAUGGGCCGUGUGGGAAUCAUGCAAGAAAACUCGAACAACCUUAUUUGCGCGAUUACGAUAGCAGUGCGGUAUGCCGCUGUCAGGAAGCAGUUUUCCUCCAAUGGAAAUGGGGAUGAGGAGCUCCCCAUCAUCGAAUAUCAACUUCAUCAAUGGAGGCUGUUUCCGUACAUGGCUGCUGCAGCCGUUUUGAGGGUAUUUGUCAACAAUUUCACAGAAACGUACUUGAAUACAAUUGAAAAAUCGACUUCAGAGUCGACAGAGUUGGAAAAUUUGAAUGAGAUGGUGUCGGAAAUCCAUGCCAUGGUCUGCAGUGCCAAGCCACUUCUGACUUGGACGUGUCGGGAUGCGGGGCAGGAAUGUAGAGAAGCAUGUGGUGGUCAUGGAUUUCUAAAAUGUGCUCGUCUAGGGGAACUUAGGGCUGUCAAUGACCCUUGUGUAACGUACGAGGGUGAUAACAACGUCCUUGUCCAACAGACCAGCAACUGGUUGCUGAGGCAAUGGUAUGCAAUAAAUUCCGGGGAAAAAUUGUCUUCCCCUCUAGGUAGUUGUACUUUUUUUGUUCAUCAUAAGGACAUCAGUAUUAGGAAGUACUGUGCUAGAAGCGUAUCCGACCUACAGACUGUAGAUUUUAUAAUGUCCUGCUAUGAGUGGUUAAUCCUAUAUUUAAUCCAAGAAACGGACAGAAAACUACAAAAUAUUUUGAAGUCAGGAGCCGAUAAGUUUACAGCAAGGAAUAAUACGCAAGUUUAUAGGGCAUCAAUAUUAUCUAGAGCAUUUGCAGAAUAUACUGCGCUCAGGUAUUACUGGAUGAAAUUUGUGACUGUACCAAGUGAUCUAAAAAAUGUUGUAGAAAAAUUAGGUUUAUUAUAUGGAUUAAGUUGUUUAGAUAAACACCUUACAUACUUCUACCAAGGAGGAUACACAAACGAUCCAAAUAUGGCUGUGAACAUUAGGGAAAGUAUACUACAACUGUGUGAUCAACUAAAACCUGAUAGUAUAGCAGUAAUUGAUAGCCUUGCACCACCAGACUAUGUGGUCCAUUCUGUACUGGGAAAGUCUGACGGAAAGCUGUACGAGAACCUUCAGACGGCCAUAAUGCACGGCCCUGGGGCCAUGUCAAGGCCCUCAUGGUGGCAGCAGAUAGUGGACACUACACCAUUCAUGAAAUUACAAAGCAAACUCUAACAACUCCGCCGCAUUUUUCAUUGAGAAGAACCGACACAAGAAAAAUAAGUAACAGUACAAUUGUGGUUAUCAUGGGUAGAAAUGGACAAUGCUCAUGGAGCAAGAGCAAUCAAUUUUGAGCAAAGGUUUAAGAACUUCGAAAAUCAUUUAAUUCAGGAAUCGUUCUAAUACGCCCAUAUCCCCGAACAAUUCACAUAUUCUAAUAAAUCCAUCGUUAGUUGUAGGUUAUGCCAAGGCUCUUUAAAAAGACAAACGUAACAAAAAAAUAUCAACAAUACUCACAAAUUUUUCAGAUCAACGCGUAAAUUAAACUAUUCGUUCCCCAAUACAGUGCAGUGCGCGUGCAAGCAAGGGCGGGUAAUAGCUACUCAGUGUACCCAUCGUGAACCAGAUAGACUUCACAGUUACGGACAUCAUGGAUAAAAGGCGAAUAAAGGAUUGGCCCUAGGACCGAGCCCUGAGGAACACCGGGCUAAACUGGCCGUGUUAUUGACAAAACAUUGUUAAUUUUGAUCAGAAACUUUCGUCCUUCAAGAAAGGAUUACAGUAAUUUUAGAAGCCAAAAAGGAAAACCCUAGAGGAGACCCGCGUGCCACACCUUGUCAAAGGGUUUUGAGACAUCCAAAAGCAAGAUUCCAAUACUCAUGCUGAGGGUGAACCCUCUGGUUACAUAUGUUCCACCAGCCUGACUGCCUGUAGCUCGGCGCUAUGGUCGGACCGAAAACCGAAUUGAACGUCAGGAAUCACGUGGUGAUUUGACGAAAAAAUGUCAAGGUUGCGAUAAAUCACCUUUUCGGCGAGCUUUGUAAGAGCUAACAGCAGACUAAUCCUGAAGAAAUAUCGAACCCACUUUCGUUGGAAUCAUGAUGACCUCAGUAGUGUUCCACCCAGCAGGGAAGUACUGGAUUCUGAGCAUCGCAUUGAUUAUUGUCACCAAAUAUGCGAGAGCAGCAUCAACGUCUUGUUGAUGAUUUAAUCCUCCCAGGUGCUUUACGCACCUUGAGGUCUUUAAUGUGACUUAGGAGCUCCGAUGGUGUGCAAUGUGGAACCUCGGAGGGUUCCGCUAAUGUGCUAUGUGGAGCCUCAGACGAAUCGUCUAAAGAAGAGUCAUAUGAAGAGGAUUCGGUGCCUCCGCUAACACCGUUGGCCCUAAAAUAUCUCCUGACGGAUCGUACGAUGUGUUGUUCCUCGUCGAGGUCAUUAUCAAAAUCAUAGUUGGGAGAGGCAGCAGCGGUGGCCGCAGUAGUAGACUCUUCGGUCUCCUGAUCAGUCGCCGUGCACUGUGCGGGUUCGAGUCCCGUCCCAGGAGAAAUUUUUCUCUUGGCUAUGGAUGUUGUGAUUGUCCGUAGGUGGUAGACGGUCUCUGACUGUCGAACGUGAAGGUACCACCCGGCGGAUCUCGUAGGCGGAGCCAGAAUGUGUGCAUGUUGCAUGCACACGUGUUCCCUCGCCAGAAUCCGUGUGGCGUUCUCCCUUUCCCCUGUAUCCCCCUAUAGCCCCACGGUACCCAGUGGGUGUUUAGGCCUUAGGCCUUCGUAGUAGUUGGAGUAUAAAAAAAAGAGAAAAAGAGAACUUUUUCCAUGGCAUCAGCGAAAACCUCGAUCUUAUUCUCCGUUUUGAAGACCAUAGGUAUGUGGGAAUUCUCGCUUUCCGUUUCUGAGUGACUUUGCGACCCUCCAGAGAGGAAUACUUGAAUCAAGCAUUUCCGCCAGAAAGUUGCUCGUGCAGUGCGUUUCUCACUUCAUGGACUAUAUUUGUAGCCCUACGAAUGACAUCAGGAUGAAUUUGCAACUGCCGCGUCUAAGUUAAAGUACGAGUAUAGUAUUGACGCAUCAAUUUCAUCACAGCGUUCAACUUGACUUGGCCCAUUCAAAAUAAGUGGAGGGAGGACCUUUUGAAAAGCACUGUCACUGUAUAUGAGCGUUUACGAAUUAGGAACCUGUAAAUUUGUAAAUGUACGGAAAUUUGGCAUUUUGUAUCCAAAUGGCUGCUCACUUCUUUUUUGCCCACGAUAAGCACAACCAUACACUGUGACAGGAAACUAUAGUACAUGUAUUGACACAAACGGGUAAUCAUUGCACAUAAACGGAUGAAUUUAUAGCAUAACAUUGUUGAAUUUUUAUAUGAUACAUUAUUUUUGUAAAUUGUAUUUUCUAAACACAAAUGUUUGUCUUGGCUUUUAAAAGUUUACCAAAUCCAUCUAUAUUUUUGUGUAGUACAAAAAAAUAUAAC